AGACGUUUUCCGGCCGACCGGCUGAGGCGGGAGGCCGCGGCCGGAGGUGCGAGAGCGUCACGGCGUGCAGCGGAGGGUCGUGGCGGAGGACCGCGGUGCGUGGGUCGCGAUGCCCGGCGUGAAGCUGACUACGCAGGCCUACUGCAAGAUGGUGCUCCACGGCGCCAAGUACCCGCACUGCGCCGUCAACGGGCUCCUGGUGGCCGAGAGGCAGAGGCCGCGCAAGGAGCAUCCUCCCGGAGCGGGCAGCCACACGCUCUUCGUGGACUGCAUCCCGCUCUUCCACGGCACGCUGGCUCUGACGCCCAUGCUGGAGGUGGCGCUCACCCUGAUUGACUCGUGGUGCAAAGACAACAGCUAUGUGAUCGCUGGCUAUUACCAAGCUAAUGAGCGUGUGAAGGAUGCCAGCCCAAACCAGGUGGCAGAAAAGGUGGCCUCCAGGAUCGCAGAGGGCUUCGGUGAUGCCGCACUCAUCAUGGUGGACAAUGCCAAGUUCACGAUGGACUGCGCAGCGCCCACGAUCCACGUGUACGAGCAGCACGAGAACAGGUGGCGGUGCAGAGACCCACACCACGACUACUGUGAAGAUUGGCCGGAGGCACAGAGGAUCUCAGCUUCACUCCUGGACAGCCGCUCCUACGAAACACUCGUGGAUUUUGAUAAUCAUCUGGACGACAUUCGGAGCGACUGGACAAACCCGGAGAUCAACAAAGCAGUUCUGCACCUGUGCUAGACAAGGACCACACUACAGCGAAGACGGAAGCAUAUUUUUACAUUUAUAGAGGAAUAGUAGGUUAGCCGGAAGGGAAGCUGCAAGUGUGCCUUGGAGGGGGUGCGGUCGGCAUCCUUCAGGGCGGGGCUGUGGAGAACUGUGGGUCGCCUAGGCUUUGGUUUCUUAGUCCUGUACUGCCCGAUCCCGCCCGUCAGCUCUUUCUGCUUGUGCCAGGUCAUUCCCAUUAAACAGUUCUAUCUAGCCUUUUGUAAUCCUGAGAAGUGUACACGGUGUACCUUACUCUUUACUCUGGUGAGUGUGUGGGGCUUCUCAGCCUAAGCCCGCGCCAGGCAUCCUGAAAUACUGGGGCAGCCAGCAUCUGAGCAGCCAAGCAGAUGUGGGGCUGGAGCUGCACUACUUCACAGGCCGCACCGUGGGAUUAGACAGCACUGUUGCCUGAGAAACCUCGCUGCACAGUGAGCACAGCACACUGGUGACAAGAGCAGAGGUCCCAAGAGAAGCCAAGGCCACGAACAUUCCCAAAGCCAGUUCCUCCUGACUCCGCUACUCCACAUCUUCAGAGUGAGAGCUGCUUUGUGUUUAAAAUGGGGGGGAGGGGUGAGCUUAACCCCCCACGAUGUCCCAAGCAGUGUCCUUGUUAGCUUGGAUCAUUUGACCAUCUUAGGAAAUAGCAUGCAGGCUCUUUGGUACAUUGUACAUUGUCCUUUGUGAAUGCUCUACAGGGAGAACCGUGCCAUUUCUUGGGCUUCGUGAAGCUGCUAACAGCGUUCCCUGUGUUCUUACUAAGUGGGGAAGCCAGGGUCUCCUUAGUGAGUGGACUCUGAGUGUGCUUUCUGCCCUGUAUUCGACAUUUUGCUCUUGUCUUUUGUUUGCUGGUUGGCUUUUGUUGUUGUUUGGAGGAAGUGUUUAGUUUUGUUUGGUUAAGAAUAUCCCUUUAUGAUCGUGCUUGGCGUGGUGUUCACUAGGAAGGAGCCUGGCCUUGGCCAGGCAGUGGUCCCUCAGCCUUUGCUUCUUAAGUACGUUGAUCCCCACCCCUCCAACACCCCUGAGCCUUCUAAACUGACUUCCUCUGUGUGGGAACACAGGACCUGUUCUGAAAAAAACUAACUUGUCAAAGCACUCUUGCCUAGCUUUGACUCCUGCCUUGUGUUCAGGGAGGCUGCUCUACAGUGUGGCUAGCAAGUGGUCCUAAUGGAGCAGAACCCAGGGCCUCGCCCAGGAGAAACCACCUAUACUCGGGCGGACCUUGUAACCUCUCUCCAGCACCUGCCCUUUGUCCUGGUUAUAUUUCUGUUGCUCUGAUGAGGCACCAAAACUACUGUGGAGAGGGAAUGGUUCAUUUCACCUUAUAACUCAGAUGGAAGGGGAGGCGGCUGGAGGCAGGAACUGAAGCAGAGGUCACAGAGGGGCUGCUUACUGUCCUGAUCUCCAUGGCCUGUUCAGCCGGCUUCCUUAUGUAACUCAGGACCACAGUCAAGGGCAACAGUUCCUUAAUUGAUAGUCCCUCUUCUUUGUGUCAAGUUGGCAAAAACUAACUAGCAUUGUAUUAGGGCUCUCAGACUGACAGAAUGGGGAGAAGGGGAUGACAGCAUUUAUUAGUCACAGGCUGUGGUCCAAUUAUCCCAGCAACAGCUGUCUCCCAUUGGGUAGUCCAAGAUUUCCCUGUUGAGUCUGCAAGUCCCUGUCUCAGCUGGUCUUAAGUAUAUGCACAGCGUAUAUGCACAGCGUGGGCUCCAGUGCAGUGGUGUUAGAGGGAUGGAGUUGCCAGUGAGCAAGGGUGAGCAGGCAUGGGUGAGCAGAAGGUGUGGCCAGGCUCAAGCUGGGGUUUUCCAACUCGGAUCCAGUCAAGAAAAAUCCCUCACAGGUGUGCCCAGCAGCUUGGGGUGUAGUUAGUUAAUUCCAUAUAAUGUAAUAUAGUGAUUCCAAGUCGUACAGUCAAGUUAACGACCAAGAAUAGCUAUCACAGACGUCAUUAUUAAGCCAUAGCCUUUCUUGUUUAUCUCCCAACUUGCUUCUGGUCAGUGUUUAGCCCAACAAUAGAAACUAAACUAGGACUUCAUUAACAAGUGCGCAUGCAGUACAAACUCAAAUACAAACUUUUUAAACAUUCCAAAAAACUAGGAUUUUGAAGGUCAGGAUUUUGAAGGUCCCACCAUAAAGCAAUAAUGAAGAGAGAGACUGUCUAGCCAGCUUUAAAAUCGCGGUGUCUGUGUAUCACUUUAAAAACAUUUAAUGAGCUGGGUGGUGGUGGCGCAUGCCUUUAAUCCUAGCACUUGGGAGGCAGAGGCAGGUGAAUUUCUGAGUUAGAGGUCAGCCUGGUCUACAUAGUGAAUUCCAGGACAGCCGGGGCUAUACAGAGAAACCCUGUCUCGAAAAAACCGGGAAAAAAAAAAACCAUUUAAUGAAUUUUCCACUUAAUUUUUGUUUUGUAGCCUUGGCUGGUCUAGAACUUGGUGUGUAGACCAGGCCUCCUGGGCCUGGGAUUCAAGCAGCUUUUCACUUCUAGGAUUGCCUUUCAUGAUGGGGGCUAGAGAGCCGGCUCAGCGGUUGAGAGAGCUUGCUGCUCUUGCAAGGUCAAAUUCCUGACUCCAACAUGACAGCUCACAACUGUCUGAACCCUUCACUGGUACCAGGCACCAUGGGGUGCACAGAGAGAUACAUGCAGGCAAAAACACCCAUACACGAAGAAUAAAUCCAAGACUUUUUUUUUUUAAUUGCCUUUAAGAAUUAAGGCUACUAAGCCAGGCUUGGUGAUACUUGCCUUUCAUCUCGGCACUCUAGAAGCAGGGAGAUGUUGUUCAGUUCGGCUUGGUCUACACAGUUCCAGGACAGCUGGGGUUAUAUAGAGAGACUCUGCUGAUAAGUAAAUAUUUAAGGAUACUAGCCAAGCAUGGUGGCAUAUACCAAUGAUCCUAGCGCUCAGGCUGAGACAGUAGAAUUGCCACAAGUGUGGCCAGCCUGGGCUACAUUGAGUCCCAAGACAACCUGAGGCUAGAAUGAGGACCUGUCUCAAAACAACAGGAAAUAAUACCAAAGGAUACUAAUAUGGUAAGACAGGCAACAGCCUCUUCGGGAACCAAGUGGAGAGCUGCUUAGGAGAAGCUGAUUUUGCUAAUUUGUGUGGGGUACUUAGGGGUGUGUGGGGUGCUGACCAGCCUAAGUGUGUGUGCCUGGUGCCCGUGGAUUAGAAAGCAGCUUGGAAGUCCUGGGAAAGUCUGUACGGCCAGCAGGAUGGCCCAGCAGAUGAAGCCACCUUAAGACCCACAUGUGAGAGUGCACAGGUCCUCCACACGUGCACUGUGACGCACGGUUGAUAAAUAAAUGUUAUUUUUGAAAGCCUCUGUAUAAUCAACAUCAUGUAUUCCAGGAGCUUAUUUUUGAUGUCUGGAGAAACCUGUUGUUUCUGUAUGAUACUUCCCACUUAUCUCGGGUUAGGCGGGAAGCUCAAUAGCAGGGGUCCGGCAAGCUCUAAGGCGAAGGCAUGAAUUAAGUGGCUUGGUGGGGGCAGGGUGUGAGAAUAUCUGUGGUGUGUGUUUUGGGGGGCCAGCUGUGAGAGUAUCUGGUGUGUGAGUGUGGUUGUGGGGGAGGUUGUGGUGCUAGAGGUUGAACUAGGACCUCAUAUAUGUUCAGUGAACACUAUACCCUGUGAUAUAUUCAUCCUCAGGCAUUGUGUGUGCUUGUGAUCUCCUCAGCAAGACCUGUGUCGUCCAUCACAGCUGUUUCUGAGAGCGUCCAUCUCCGAGGCUCUCUGUUAUCUGCCCCUGGGAGGGAUCUGGGCAAUUCUGAGUUGGAUGCAAUCUUGGACCCUCCUAGGUUCCCCAACUAGGCCCCUUAAGGGAAAUGGCUUAGAAACCUGCCAACUGAUGCCAACAGCCACACACACACCACAGCAGUCCAGAAUGGGUUGGGUGAGCCCCAUUUGCUACACUGUAGUUCUGUGGCCCAGGGCAUGUUUCUGUCCACAACCCUCCAAUAACACCCACUGGCAGGGCCAUGCACAGCAAAGAACAUGCUCACAGUGGGGGUAUAUUCAGGUGAUACUGAGAAAGCUUUUAGAUGCUAAUUAACAUCUAGAAUGUAUUGCUGGUUCGGUCAGAUGCAUUCUGAGGGCACCAGGCCAUGACAAUAUGUAUCGAAAGGCAAAGUGAAUAAAACAUUCAACUGCUGGCACAGCU